AUGGCGCCUCCGGACCUAUCCCAGAACAAGUCCAUGCACAUUCUCAAUGCGGCUCUCAAAGGCGGCUAUGCCGUCCCGGGGAUGUGCUGCUACAACAUGGAAGGUGUCAUAGCCACGGUCCGCGCCGCCGAGGCGGCUCGGUCGCCCGCCAUGGUCCUGCUCUUCCCCUGGGCCAUCCAGUACGCCGGCAAUGCCCUCGUGCUGGCCGCCGCGGAGGCCUGCCGUGCCGCCUCCGUGCCAGUCUCUUUGCACCUCGACCAUGCCCAGACGCCGGAGCUCGUGCGGCGGGCGGCGGACAUCCCCCAGGGGUUCGACAGCAUCAUGUGCGACAUGAGCCACUAUGAGAAGGAGGAGAACCUCAGGCUGACGACCGAGCUGGUCAACUACUGCCACGAGCGAGGCAUCGCCACUGAAGCCGAGCCCGGCCGCAUCGAGGGCGGCGAGGACGGCGUGGCGGAGACGGUAGAUCUGGAGGGCGUGCUCACGACGCCCGAGCAGGCCGAGGAGUUUGUGGCCACCGGCAUCGAAAUGCUUGCGCCGGCCUUUGGCAACGUGCAUGGGGAAUAUGGACCCAGGGGCAUUCAGCUGGAAUACGACCGCCUCCAGUCGGUGAACAAGGCUGUCGGUGAUCGCGUGCGCCUGGUGCUCCACGGCGCGGAUCCGUUUGACGAGGAGAUCUUCAGGAAAUGCAUCGACGCCGGCGUUGUCAAGAUCAACAUCAACAAGGGCAUGAACAACCACUACGCGGCAGUGCAGCAGGAAAUGCGCGGGAAGCCUCUGACCAGCGUCAUCGAGGCUGGAACGGAUAGGAUGCAAGAAGCUAUCGAGCGGUACAUGCGCUGGUUUGGGAGUGCAGGAAAGGCCUGA